CUGCAUUGCUCUCGACCUCGACCAUUGACGGCGAGUUGACUCUUUGUGUGUAUACAGAACGACACGACACGGCACGACGACUCCUUCCACUCUCUAGAACGACCUUUCUUCUCUCCUAAAACCCCAUAAUGGCCUACAACCAGUACGGCGGACAGCAGAACAGCGCGUACGGCAACAAUGGCUAUGCGCAGCCUUCAGGCCAGCACCACAUGACGGCCGAUGAGAUCUGGGCACAGGAGUCUGGCUCCAACCUCGUCAACGGCGGCCGCAAGGAGCAGUACGACAAUGCGUACUAUGGCAGCAGCGCCGGCGCGGCCAAGAGCGGCAGCAAGAAGAAGUGGUGGUGGAUCGGCGGUGCGGUGCUGCUCGCCGCCAUCAUUGCCGGCGUCGUGGCCGGCGUGGUCGUCAGCCAGAACAACAAGAAGAAGGACAGCAAUGGCGGCAGCUCGGGCUCGGGAGGGAGCGGAAGCGGCGGUGGCAGCGGCUCGGGUGGCAACUUUGCCAAGGACGACCGUCUGCACAAGGUCUUCUGGGGCAUGGCGUACGACCCCGAGGGCGCUGUGCCACCAAUGUGUGGUGCCAAGCAGGCCGAUGUGACCAAGGACAUUCAGAUCCUGUCGCAGCUCACGACCCGCCUCCGCCUCUACUCGGCCAACUGCAACGUCACGGCCCUCGUCAUGCAGGCGAUCAAGGACACGGGCGUCAACAUGACCGUGUACCCCGCCAUCUAUGUCAACGACGACGACACCAUCUUCACGUACCAGAUGAACAACCUGACGGACGCGAUUACCAAGUAUGGCGCCGAGAUCGUUGACGGUGUAAGUGGCGCAACCGCAAGUGAGAGCCCCACUGACACCAACCAGAUCGCCGUCGGCAACGAGUACAUGCUCAACCAGGUCGGCUCGGUGACCUCUGGCGCGGCGUACACCACGGCGCUCAACUACCUCUCGCAGCGUAUCCAGACGUUCAACUCUACGCUGCAGGGCAUGAACCUCAAGAAGCACAUCCCCGUCGGCACCGGCGACGCGGGCUCCGUCUUCUCCACCACAAUGGCUACCAAGAUCGACUUCUUCAUGUCCAACGUCCACCCGUGGUUCGGCAAGCUCCCUGCCUCGCAGGCGGCCGCGUGGACCUGGUCGUACUUUGACGAGAACAACGUCCAGGUCGCCGCCCAGGCGCCUAACAAACCCAACAUGUACCUCGCCGAGACUGGCUGGCCCACGAGCGCCAACGAGACCAAGUUCUUGACCCUUGGCGGUGCCCAGGCCGGCAUGAGCGACCUCCAGACCUUCCUGGACACGUACAUCUGCCAGGCCAACGCCAACGGCACCGAGUACUUUUACUUUGAGGGCUUUGACCAGCCGUGGAAGGAGAUCUACGGCGGCGUCGAGCCCUACUGGGGCCUGUUUGACAAGGACCGCAACCUCAAGCAGCCUCUCACCAUCCCCACGUGUUAAGCGUGGCGUCGGCGAGGAAGCGAGCGAGCAGGGCGGGCGAUUGUAGGCCCGUCAUGGGGCAGAGCCCUUCGGAGUGUGCACACCGCCCCGCCCGCUGCCACCUCUCGACUGCCGCACACACGAUGCCGGCGGUCUUGUAGUAGAUUAUGUACCCCCCGAUGGACA